AUCCAUUUCCAUUUUUCCCAACAUUCCAUACAUUUCUUGCCAACAAAUUAGUUUCAAAAUCGAAAAGUCUCAAUUCUUCGAUUCAUUUAUACACUUGAAACACCUAACAAAUGGAAGCAUCUCAAGGAGGGAAGAACACAAGGAACAGUGGGAAGGGAAACGGAGAGGUUCGAUACAGGGGAAUUCGCCGAAGGCCAUGGGGCAAGUUCGCUGCUGAGAUACGUGACCCAACGAGGAAUGGAGCACGGUUGUGGCUAGGAACUUUCGAGACGGCUGAAGAGGCUGCAAGGGCGUAUGACAGGGCUGCUUUCGCUUUCCGGGGUCACUCAGCUAUUCUCAACUUCCCAAACGAGUACCAAUAUCAGAAUCCAACCUUUCCACCGUCUUCAGCUUCUUCAUCUUCUUAUUCAGUUGCUAGAGGAAAUCCCCCUAAAGGAGGAGGAAGUGAAGUUAUAGAAUUUGAGUGCCUGGAUAACAAGUUGUUAGAGGAUCUCCUCGAAAAGCAAGAAGACAGGCAACGCUUAUAGAACAAAUGUAACUUUUAGCUUUCUUAUCAUGGGUUAAUUAACCAUGGAAAUAAUAAUUUCUGUGUUCUUCCACUGUAAGCAAGGGAAAUUUCAUUUACUCGUUUCUGAUUUUUCAUUUUUUUAAAAUCUUUAAUGGAAACUUCAUUUUUAUUGAAAA